GCGGGGCUGGGACCGAGAGAGUGAGAGCGAGAGAGAGGGAGAGAGAGGCAGAGAGAAGCCGAGGCACUCAGUUGUCGAGAGCCAGUGAUGGUGGCACCAAGCACGCCGCGCGGCAGGGAGGGCGGCGCAGUGUUGUGGUGUGUUAGAGAGGCUUGUAGAGGGGCCACGUGAGGGGGUAGGUGCUCCCCCUCGUCACACCUGCCCCUCACAUCGUUACCUGUGCCCCGUGCCCCGCCUCCUCGAAAGUGUGUGCCCCGGGAGCCCCCAAAGUGAAGGAGAUUUCAUAGGGAUUACUGACUUGACUGACUGACUGGUGCUCGACGGUCAGGUCAGGUCAGUCCAGGUCAGGUCGUGCGCGGAGGAGUCAGGGCCCGCAAGAAUGACCUUACGGACAUCACCCACCCACGGCGAGGGAGCAAAACAGAGGCGGAGACAGCGGCGGGCCCUGGCGCGUGUCUGACUGACUGAAAGGGCCAGCUCGUGUAGAUAAAGAAGUACCGUGCCCUGGGAACCACUUGAUACAGCGAAGAAAACUGACAAACUACGUGGAAACCUUUGAAUGUAAUGAAGAAAAAACUUGCCACUAUAGAUAUUUAAAGUGCGUGGAAACAUGACGUGAAAACCUUUUGAUAUAGUGAAGAAAACUGACUCACUAUGUGGAAAUCUCUUAAAAUAGUAAAGAAAAGAGACUUACUGCUAUAGAUUUUUAAAGUGCGUGAGUGUCCGAGUGACUGAUAAAAAGGGUAACUAGUGAAAACCUUUUGAUAAGCGAACUUAGAACGUGACGACAACCUUUGAAAACAGCGAAGAAAAGAGACUUAGUGCUUUAGAUUUUUAAAGUGCGUGGAUGUCUUGAGUGGCUGACUGAAGGAGUAACGCGUGUGUUUAAGAAAAUGACUUGAUAUCCCUUGAAAACGAAGGUGCAUUCAGACUUAAAGUGACAGAUUGAAAGACGUUUUUUGUGUUGCUAUUGUGAUUUCUCCUCCUCCUCGUCCUCCUCCUUCUCCGCCUCCUUCAUCGUCAUGGCUAUUGGAAGUUACUGAAGUUACCAAGCGUACGUCUGUGUGUAUGUGUCGUGUCGUGAAAAUGAAAAACAUGAAUUGAGGAAAAAAAGGAAUUACGUUUACAUACACACUGACGAAGGAUUACUACGACUACUACUACAAGCUUGAAGAGGAGGAAUUCCGUGCGCUACUUUGUGUUACUGUUUUGUUACUGUGUACUUAUGAAUAACUUGAACUGAAAACAAAAGACAUACACACACACGCACUCUGAAAAGGCUGAAUGAAUGAAUGUUUACCUCCCAGCCCUGAAAAACAUCCCAAGAAAAGGAAUCCCUACACUGCGUUCGGUUCCUGGUUCCAUUCCCUAAGACCAAAGCGUAGUGUGCCGCAGCGAGGGAGAAAAAGCUUCGUAAAGAGGAAUCCCUACUUUUGUUCCUGGUUCCAUUUACUCAAACCUAAGCGUAGUGUCGUAGUGAAGGAGGAAAAUGUGACGCUGGAAAAUAACUCCCACACACGUACACACACACUUUUAACCCUGGAAACGCUACCAACUCAACCAGUGCAUGCCGGCCCUAACACCCGCUGGUACCAAGGCUGAAACGACCCUUGGUAACGCACGCUAUACAACCUUCUCCGGGACAUUUAGCUAACUGGAUUGGGUGGGGGGACGAGGACCCUAGCUAUGGAUGACUCUGACUGCAGCCCCACCCCGGAGGCAGGCGGUGGCGGCAGCGUGGAUAGGCUACACACGACGAGGAACGGCCGAGCGGGAAGUCCAGGCGAAGACAUCCCCGCCAGGUCGCCGAGCCCUCGCUACCGCCGCCGCUACUCCGACUCGACGCCUACACGCAGUCCCUCGCCGCUCCACCUCGCCGACUGCUACGACGGCUUGGAGAACACCUCGUCCCGGAAGACCAAGUCGGUGUCUUUCCACUCGCAUACCAACUGGAAGAGCGACCGCAAGAUCCAGAGUGCUUACGACUGUCUGCAGUACAUGAUCGAGGGCUCCAGCAUGGUGAAGCUCCGUGCCAACAGCCGCCAAUACCACCGAUACUUUCGCCUUCUGGACGACCUCUCCGCCAUCCGCUGGACGCCAACCACCAAAAAGACGAGCAAGGCGCAGCUCAUGAUCGAGCACAUCAAGGAGAUACGAACGGGGCGCAACUGUGAGAGUCUACGUAACAAGGACUUCCCGGUACACUACAACGAGGAGCGCAUCUUCAGCAUCCUUUACGGGGACAACUACGAGAGCCUUGACCUCAUCGCGCACUCCCCGGAAGAGGCGUCUAUAUGGGUGACGGGACUCAACGCUCUCAUAGGAGCUUCUAAAGCCACCCCGGACGCCGUCGAGGACAGGCAAACGCUACGGGAGACUUGGCUGAAGGAGAUGUUUGAGAAAGCCUCGAAGAACACGUCGGGCGGCUUCAUCGACCAGACCACGUGCAUCAAACUCAUCAAGAGGCUGGACUCACACGUGGCCAUGGUCAGGGUGCGCCAGAAACUACAGGAAUACGAUAUGGGCAAGACGGAUGGCUGUCGGGGCAGGAUCGACAGCCAGGAAUUCAUCGACAUGUUUAAGGAAAUCGCGACUCGGCCUGAAAUUUACUUCCUGCUUAUAAGAUACGCUAACAAGGACUACCUGACGCUCGAAGACUUCCACUUGUUCCUGGAGGGCGAGCAAGGGCUGGCGGGCCUAACCACAGAGAAGGUGAUCGAGACCAUUGAGAAAUACGAGCCGGCGCCUGAAGCGAGGAAGAACAGACAGAUGCUAAUAGACGGGUUCACGCGGUACCUUAUGAGCGAGGAGUGUGACCUGUUCGACCCCGCCCACCGCGUCGUGUGCCAGGACAUGGGUCAACCGCUGGUCCACUACUUCAUCUCCACCAGCCACAACACCUACUUACUCGAGGACCAGCUCAAGGGGCCCUCCAGCGUCGACGGCUACAUCAGGGUACUGGCGUGUGGCUGCAGAUGUGUCAAAGUGGACGUGUGGGACGGGCAAGAGGAGCCGCAGGUCUACCACGGCAACACCCUCACCACCAAAGUGCCCUUCAGAGAGGUCAUCCACGCUAUCGCCACCUACGCCUUCGACUUCUCCGUCUACCCCGUGUUGAUACAUCUCGAGAACCACUGCGGCGUCAAACAGCAGAAGGUGAUGGCCAGGCUGCUGCGUACGUUACUGGGCUCGUACCUGUACCAACACCCGCCGGACGCCGCCACCCCCGUCACCGAGCUGUCCCCGGAAGACCUCAAGUACAAGGUGAUCAUUAAGGGCAAGAAGCUGGCGCGGGAGGAGGAGGACGAGGGGGAGGUGAGCGAGGAGGACGAGGGCGGGGAGACGAAGCGAACCACGAAUCCGCGAAAGAUGAAACUCUGCAAGGAGCUGUCUUCGCUCAUCUCCCUCCACCGCGCGCGCUUCACGGACCUCAGCACCGCGCGGGCCAAACAGGAUGUGAGUGAGAUGUGCAGCCUGAGUGAAUCCUCGUCGGCCAAGCUCGCGCACAGCUGCCCCGAGGAGCUGGUCAACCACAACAAGAAAUUCCUGACGCGCGUGUUCCCAAACUCUUCGCGGGUCGACUCCUCAAACUACAACCCGCAGGACUUCUGGAACGCCGGCUGUCAGAUGGUGGCCCUCAACUUCCAGACACCCGGGCAAUUCAUGGACGUGUACGAGGGCCGCUUCAGGGCCAACGGGGGCUGCGGGUACCUCCUGAAGCCGGCCGUCAUGAGGGAACACAUCUCUGUCUUUUCAGCACACUCCAGGGAGACCAUACCCGGGGUGGCGCCGCAGCUACUCAAAAUAAAGGUGAUCAGCGGGCAGUGUCUCCCCAAGCCUCGAGGAUCCACGGCCACUAAGGCGAGCUUCAUUGAUCCGUACGUGGUGAUCCAGGUCUUUGGGAUCCCUGCGGACUGUACAGAGGCCAAGACACGGACGGUAAGCAACGACAGCAGCUUCCCGAUCUUCGACGAGAGCUUUGAGUUCCACAUCAACCUGCCGGAGCUUGCCCUGGUGCGCUUCGUGGUGCUGGACGAUGAUUUUAUUGGGGACGACUUCGUGGGCCAGUGCACCAUACCGCUGGACUGCAUACAGACUGGCUACAGACACGUGCGGCUCCUCUCCAGCAUGGGGGAGCCGAUAGACUCUGCGACGCUCUUCGUGCACGUGUCCAUCUCCAACAAGAAGGGCGGAGGGAAGCUGCAGCGGGUCAAGGGCAAGAAGACAGACAAAGUGAAGGCCGACAUCAAGCCCAUUGGUCUGAAGGCAGCCGAUGACUUGUUUAAGGAGGCCUCAAUGGCGGUGGUGGAAGCGGAGUGCGUGCAGGACAAGGUGGAGGAUGCGUGGAUGGAGCUGCAGGACGAGUGUGGGCUGGAGCACACCGCCAACAUGAAGCAAUGCCUGAGGGUGACCAUAUCCCGGUACAUGGCCACACCGGACACAGCGCGACUCUCUAUACAGGAGGAGAACGGGGUCCCAUUCUUGAGGAAUUCCCGGCCUGGUCCGCUGCCCUCACACCUACACCGGCUGGAGAUUGCCCUGCAGAAGGUCAUGCUCGAGAUCCACCACUUCCUGGGUCAUGGCGAGGAGCUUCACCGCACGCUGGAGUCCCGCCUCAAGCCCUGCCUGGCCAUGUAUGACAACCUGGAGUCACGCAUGGCCUCCAGCGGCAUCAAGGGCAAGAAGGCGAACCGGGCGAUGGAGAACUAUGCCUGGAACGUGAGGAUCAUGCGGGGCCAGCUGGACCGCCUCACCGCCCUCACCAAGAAGUGCAAGAUGGCCAUGGAGCAGGUUGAGUCCACCAAGACCACCCUAGACAGCCUCAACCAACGUGAACGCUCACCCUUGGUCCGGGAGCGUCCACGCCUCACCCUCGCUAACCGCCACAACACCACCGACAACCUCACCACCUACGGGAGCCUCGGCCGCUCGCCCACCACACCGGGGGCCGACUGUAAGCCCAAGAGUAUCCUAAAAAAGAGUAACUCAAACCUGGAGUCAAGCAGCGUCGGGUACGUCAAUGAGGAACAUCAGGGGUCGUCAAGUAGCUCCGGCACUGUUGUGGGGGACGAGGAGGAGGGGGAGGACGGGGGGACGGAGGAAGGGGGUCAGUUGCUAAAGCCCCCCCUCCUCCACUCCUUCAGCUACACCCCGAGCUUCACGUACGAGCAGGACACGGCGCUGUAGAAGGCUAGAUCGGCUUGCCUUGGGGUCCUGUUCUGCCUCCUCCUCCUGCUCCUAUUCCUUGUAUUGGUUGGGUAAUGGUGCAGCCAGGUGGUACAAGUAAGAGUAACAAGUAUAUGCUCCCCAGUUUGCAGGCUGUCCAUACAAGUAACAAGCGUGUGACCCCAUUUCACAAGCCUACGAUACAAAGAAAGAGAAGUAUGCUGCCCAGUUUACAGGCAUAUGAUAAAUGUAAUGAGUUUGCCCCCAAGUUUGCAGACUUACCAUACAUACAAGUAACAUUCUCCUUGUGUAGUGCUAUGCUAUGGAAGACACACAGAGAGAGAGAGUGAGGUGCUUGAGUAUUAUUGGCUCAGAGGUGCGGAGUGUGUCAUUCACCCAUGGUUUGAUCACAUGCUGGACUCGUGUUUGCUAGCCAGAAAGUGUGUAUGAGUGUGUGAGGUUGGAAGGAGAUGAGGUGAGGGUCAAGGUUUUUCUGUAUCAAGCAUGUAUUGGAAAAGCAUAAAGAAAUAGAUCACAUUGAGAGAGAGAGAGAGAGAGAGAGAGCAAGAACAAGCCUCUGAUAAUCGAUAUUUCUAGGCAUCCGAGCUGCUUGUUCUCUGCCAUACAAGACUUGAAAGCUCACAGUGAGAAGAGAAUCAACAUUGGCUAUUACUACUUCUACUUCUUGUAUUACUAAAGGGUUUUGUUAGUGUUAGGUUAGGGCGGGAGAAGGCCAAGGGAAGGCUUAUGUUUAUCCGCACACAGAGAUGAGGGAGAAGAGAGGCUGGCGUUGUGCAUUCCAAGUGUAGAAGGUUAUGAAUUGCCGACUGGAAAAUGGCUCAAAAAUCUUACUGAUGACAAGCUGAAAUAAAAGUACCAUUGGAGAGGGAAGAAAACUUGCAUUUAUUGAUACUGAGUCAAGAUAAGGGAUCCCAAAACAUUACCUCUUGAAGAAACUUAUGAAUCACCAACUGGAAAAUGAUAAAAGAAGUUAUUCCUUGCAAUACAUAAAUACGAUAAUAGCUUUGUGCUUGCAUUGGAGGGGGAAGAAGUAGUUUACAUUUACUGGUGAAGGAGGAAGUAGAUGAAAUGUUGGAAGCUUAUUUAUGGCAGUAAAGGAAAUGAGGAAGUGAGGGAGAGAGAGAGCUUGUGUUGGUUAAGAAAUGAUGCAAUGGAAAUAAGGAAUGGAGAAGAAGGGCAUUAGGAAGCAGGAAAAAUUGACCCCUUCACACCCAGAUCUUUACUUGACUACCUAAAAUUGUCUGUUCUUAGCCAUAAAAGACGAACAAGUAACAAUAUACCAAAGAAGCUGCUGGGCGAGGAUAUUAAACAGGUUAAAUCUAAUAAAUCUAAUUCUUCCGUUCAUUAAAACCGUCUGUUGGCAGCUAAAUUACAAUGGAAAUUACGUUCUGAGACUCAGUUCCAAUAUCUCAAUACCAAUAUCUCUCCAAAGAAGCUACUGGGCGAGGAUACUAAGCAGGUCAAAUCUAAUGCUUCUGUUCAUUAAAAUCGUCUGUUGGUAGCUAAAUUACAAUGGAAAUUACGUUCUGGGACUCGAGGGUUAAGGCCAUGCCAACUUGGAAGAGGACUCAAUACCAUGCCAACUUGAAAGAGGUGGAAAGAUAUAGAUUGGGAAGGGAAACAAAGAAAUACAAAGGUGAGGACUGCGGAUGAGAGCCAUUCCAACCCCUCUCAGUUAGCUCACAGGGAGGAAGUCGAGGAAAAAGGUUCACGCCAGCAGGAAAAUAUUACUGAAACUACGAGUGAAUGAAAAUAAGAAGAGAAGUGCUUGCGUUGAAAAUGGAAAGUAAUUGAAGAAGUCAUUUUUAGUGGGUGAAAAGAGAGGAAGUGAUGGAGAGUGAAAGAAAAGCAUUGAUAGGAAAUGGAAAGAAGAAACAGAGGAAGAAGAAAAGAAAAAUCAGGUGGUUUGGAGAGUCGUAUUAAAGGGCACGUAAUGGAAAAUGAUUGAAGAAGUCAUUUUUAGUGGGCGAAAAGAGAGGAAGUGAUGGAGAGUGAAAGAAAAGCAUCGAUAGGAAAUGUAAAGAAGAAACAGAGGAAGAAGAAAAGGAAAAUGAAGCCGUUUGGAGAGUCGUAUAAAAGACCAAGAACAGGAAAUAAGAAAAAUGUAAUACAGAAAGUGAUAGAAAGGAAGUUGAAUCCAGAAAUGAAGGGAAUGAAAAAGAAAACUCAGGUAAUACAGAAGAAGUUGAAUGAAAAUGGAAAGAAAAAAUACCACUACCUUAAGAGCACUGAGAGGAAGAGCAAGAACAGGACACGGGAGACAGGAAAAAAGAAAAACAUGAUACAGAAAGUGAUGGGAAUUAAGUGGAAACCAGAAACGAGAGGAAUGAAAAAGAAAACUCGUCUGGUAAAAAAAGAAUUGAGUUAAAAUGGAAACAAAAAAUACCACUACCAUAUACCAAGCCACCUUUCAUGUGUAUAUAUGUAUGAAUGAAUGUCCGGAGAGCCUCUUCACAACACGCCAAUGCAAAGAAUCACUCGGAAAAUCAAUGAAAACAACCGUACUGACUAUGGAAGCAAGAGAGUGAGAGAGAGAGAGAGAGACUAUACCUAGCCAGUCCAUACAUUCACAAGGGAAAACACACAGUUACAAGGGGGCUUCAAGAGGCUGGGUAGCUGGGUGUCUCCUCCUCGGGCUCCUCUCGGCUUCUCACCCACAGAAUAUAUAUACCUCAGGGCGGCGUGACGGUCCCUUUGUAUUGCUUUGUAAGGCCCCAGCACACCAGAACACAGUGUUGCGCUCGGGCUUGGAAUAAAUGCGUCGCUCCAAAGACAAACGGCACAUGAGUUGAUGCAUUGAUCGAAUGUUUUUACUUAUGCUCUGUGUGUGUGUGUGUGUGUGUGUGUGUGUGUGUGUGUGUGUGUGUACCUACAUGUAUGCAUUGAUGUGUGGGAUGUCUCAUAUGUGUGGUGUGUUUGGGUGCUUGAUAAAGGAGUGAGGGGGGAGGAAUAUAACACACACACACACACACACACACGCACACACACACACACACACACACACACACACACACACACAGACACAAACAAACAAACGAACACACACACACACUCACACUGAACAAGUUGACAGAGUAGAUGUUUUUUUAUUUCAGAAAGACACAAAUUUGUUGAAAAAGCCAAAAACAUCGUAGAAAAAUGAGAACAAAACUUGGCUUGUUAAAACUCUCGGCACAUAUCAGAACUAUUGAUGGAAAAUGAACGAUUGAACUCUACGUAUUAUUCAAAGAGGACAAUUAGUGAAUUCUUAGAUAAAUUAGACAAAUACAGAUAAAACAAACACACAUAUACGCACACACACACACACCCCUCCUAUGUAUCUCCACCAUGUAUGUAUGUAUCCAAGCAUCCGGGCACCUAUGUAUGAGACACCCCACAUGUAUAUAUAUAGUUUUCUUAAUGGGUGCUGCUGCUGCUGCUGUGUAUAUCUAAGACCUAUGUAUAGCUUUGUAUAUUGUUCCUUAUAUAGCAUAGCAUCCACCGCCCCAUAUAUGCAGUAUUUAUUUUGUAUAUAUUGUACGUAAGGAAACCUACUUUUUAUAUAUUCAUUGCAGAGUGGAGACAAAAUGCAGCACAUGGCAAUAAUGACCACACGUACACACACACACACACACACACACACACACACACAUAUAUAUGACACUCCUUACGAGCUUCACACAAAAUCCUUUCAAAAUACAAAUACGUAGCAAAGAAUACACACACACACUCACACACACACACACACAGGCACACACACACACAUACAGAGUUAUAUAUAUAGCAUUCCAUUAUUUCGAGGUGGUCAUUACUAUAUAUAUAUAAAAACAUUUCCUCAUUCCUUGCCUGAAUCAAUCGCUCCCUAUACCCCAUCAUCCCUUCUCUCUUUUAUACACAUCAUCAUAUCGCUAUCGAGGAACAUAUGUGAUGCAAUACACUAACUAAUAUAAAAGCCAACAUGUAGCAGAGGGUGGGCGGGGCGGGCGGGUAGGAAAAUAAAGAGAAGUUGAUACAUGGAAAACAAUCACGAUAACUCAACCCGAUAUUUGCUUUCAGACUUUAGGAAGACAUGAAAUCGCUUAGCUAAGAUACACAGCCAUUAAGUAGGUAAGGUUACGAGACCCAUAUAUUAUAGCAUGCACACCGGCGGACAUAUAUAGCCAUUGAUGUAGGGGAGAGGAAAGGAGAAGGAGGAGGAGAGGAAGGGAAAGAGAACAGGAACAGGGGAUGAACUAGUAAGGGAGGAGAUUAAACUACUGAGCAGAAAUGGGCUGAUUCUAUGGAGUGAAGUGGAUGGCAAGCUAACUGACCCCUUGCAGACUGGUGUUGUAUCUUCUUAAGGGAGAGAAAAAGGAGCAGGGUAAAUUAACUAAGGCGGAAGGGAGGAGAAAAGGGGAAUCAACUGAUCAAAGCAAAACAAGGGAGUAGGAGAUGAAAUGAAGGAGAGAAGGGAGUAUAAGAUGAACCAUUAAGGGAGAGAGGAGGAAAGGGGUGAACUAAUGAAAGAGAGAGGGGAGUAGGAGACAAACUAGCGAGGAAGAAGUUGACUUACUGAUCAGAAAGGGUGUUGAGUCACAGUGAUUCAUAGAGUAAAGGGUAUUGAAACUCAUGUCCCUGGUGUGCAUGCCUUAAUAGACCUUCAGGAUAAUUAGAACCAUAUUAGCGUGCACACAGCAACUAUUUUCAACCUCCAACACCCUAGUGAGCUUGUACUUCCUCUCAUUGCCUCUGGAAGGAAUUAACUGUACAGACCGAAUACUACAUAGGCCUAAAUAUAUAUGAGAUAUUUUUUGAAGGUUGUGAGUUUUAGAAAGUUUAUUAAUGCAAUAUCUUUGAGACAGACAGACACAUACAUAUUAUAUAGUAAGACUAGAUACUACACAGGUAAUUCAAAAUGUGCUAAAUUUGACUAUGUCUUCCAAUAGCAUAUUUUCUGCUUUGGAAAAAAGAAAAGUAUACAUAGAUUCUAUGACUCGUGGAGUGCCAAAUGUACAUAGGUAUAUAUAUCGGCUCCAGGCGGGGCGUGUCGGCUGAUUGGUACGCACUGUGCCAAUGAGUACUCACAGCAGGGGGAGAAACUAUGCAGAGAAACUGAGCCGAGGAUUAAAACUGAAUGGUUGUCAAAGUAAAGAAUGCUUGCCGACCUUUAUUUUGAUGACAUGGUAAAGGUAUUAAAGAAACCGUUGUCAAAAUAGAGAGUGUGUUUUGACGGUGCAGUAAAGAUGAUAAAAAAGAUCUCGUCAAAAUGAAGAAUGUUUGGUGACCUUUAUUUUGACACCACAUUAACAGUAACAAAACUGGCUGCUUACUGACCUUCAUUUUGGCAACACAGUAAAUUGCUUCAAGUGAACCGCUUUUAAAAUAUAAGAGCGUUCAUCGGCCUGCACUUUGACGACAGAUAAAAAGCUCAGAUUAAAGGAAAGCUGGAAAUUGUAACUUCUAUAAUCAAACAGUGAAUUAUUGAAGUAAAAAAAAUUGUUAGCAGAUAAAAAAAACAUGAAUCAAACUUAAACUGUAUUUAAUCUAUAUUCCUCAGCUCAAUUUUCUUGCGUAUUCCCUCCCCUUGAUGUGAGUACUAAAUGGACAUGUGUGUGUAUACCAAUCAGCCCCCGCCCCCCCCCAUAUUCAGGCAGGACAGAAUGUAUUUAGACUCGUAGCAAAAUCAUGUUCAAACCUCAGCCACACGUCAAACAACCACUUGGGGAUGUCGAGGGUGUCUGGCCAGUCUGUCCCACCCACCACUCAAGUUAUAGUCCAUUCUGGCGACUAUCAAAACAGGUCAUGCGUUAUGGUAUGGCCGAGUGAUUUUUGGCUUUUUCAUUAUAUAGUAAAGGAUAUUUGAUUGGUAACUGAUCGAUUAUAAGAGAAAAUCAUGGAAAAUUAUGGUAUGGCCGAGUGAUUUUUGGCUUUUUCAUUAUAUAGUAAAGGAUAUUUGAUUGGUAACUGAUCGAUCAUAAGGGAAAAUCAAUGAUGCAACUCUCCACUCUAUACUAACAUGUCUAACAGAUGAGAAGUAAUUAAAGGAAGGAAGAUUUUGCAUUAAGACGAACAGGGCAUUUUUGAGUUCCUGUCAUGGUGAACUGGUCAA